AAGCCAAGAAAAAAAAAUAAGAAGAAGAACAGCUCUAUUUCCGACACAUAUAAAGAGUCGAAAGUUUAAUUCCAGCACACAUGCAACGGUGGUAGUUAGUUCUUCAGCGGUCUGUCAACAAUAUAUAUUACAAUGUCGGCAUGUGCAUUGAGAGUGUUUCUCCAGCGAGCGGCUGUGACGCGUAAAGCGGCGCACCAAACAUUCAGUCAAACGAGAGCGUUUCCUCAAUGCGUGACCGGGAGCUACACACACAGUAGAGGAAUAAACACAUUAACAAAUUCACUAAGGGCUGAGGAGAAGGUGACAGUUCACUUUCUGAAUCGAGAUGGAAAAAGGAUUUCGGUGAAAGCUUUAACAGGAGAAUCACUACUCGAUAUUGUUGUUAACAAUGAUCUAGAUAUUGAUGGAUUCGGUGCAUGUGAGGGAACUUUGGCCUGCUCUACGUGCCACCUUAUUUUCGAGGAGGCCGUUUAUAAGAAGCUUGGACGUAUUUCUGAUGAGGAAAUGGACAUGCUGGACUUGGCUUAUGGGCUUACAGACACAUCUCGUCUGGGUUGCCAGGUGUGUUUGAGGAAGGAUCUGGAUGGGAUGAUUCUGCAUGUGCCAGAUGUGAUAUCUGAUGCUCGAGUUGACAGUGAAAAAGAGUCCUCUACAGCCCCACCCAAAGUAUAAUCUAUAAAAUAAAGCCCAGUCGUAUAUCAUAAAAACUGUAUUAUGGAGAAAUCUUUAAUAGCAGAUAUUUUAAUAUGUACUACUUUAAUAGAAAACUACAUUUGAAUUGAUAACAUGUAUUGUUUGGUAUUAUUUAAUUUUGGUGAUUGUAAUUUUUUUAAUUGUGCAGAUUCUGCAGUUCUUUGUGUCACAAUGAGAGGUGGGAGCAUCUUGCUGUUAUACAUUUUGAAUGCAGAAAUAACUAACUGAUUUAUUGCAAUAAAUAUGAUGUUUAACUUAA